AUGAGAGAAAUUAUACACUUGCAGACAGGACAGUGUGGAAAUCAGGUGGGAUGCAAGUUUUGGGAAACGAUCAGUGGGGAACAUGGGAUUGACCAGACAGGCAGAUAUGUCGGGACGUCCGACAACCAGCUUGAGAGAGUCAAUAUCUACUACAACGAGGCGUCCUCGAAGAAGUAUGUUCCACGUGCCGUCCUGAUUGAUCUUGAGCCUGGGACUAUGGAUGCAGUCCGCCAGGGGCCUUUCGGGGAUCUAUUCAGGCCAGACAACUUCGUAUUUGGGCAAAGCGGAGCAGGGAACAAUUGGGCAAAGGGACACUACACAGAGGGAGCUGAACUCAUUGAUUCUGUCAUGGACGUGGUUCGAAAAGAGGCGGAAUCAAGUGACUGUUUGCAAGGGUUUCAGAUCACACAUUCUCUUGGAGGAGGAACGGGGGCUGGAAUGGGAACCCUCUUGCUGUCAAAGAUAAGAGAAGACUUCCCCGACAGGAUGAUAUGUACAUUUUCUGUUGUUCCAUCCCCAAAGGUGAGCGAUACGGUUGUAGAGCCUUAUAAUGCAACACUCUCGAUCCAUCAGUUGGUUGAGAAUGCAGAUGAGACGUUCUGCAUUGAUAACGAAGCAUUGUAUGACAUAUGCUUCAGAACCCUGAAGAUGAGCAACCCUGGGUAUGGAGACUUGAAUCAUCUUGUCUCCUUGGUAAUGAGUGGGGUUACAACAUGUCUAAGGUUUCCUGGGCAGUUGAAUGCAGAUCUUAGGAAGCUUGCUGUUAAUAUGAUUCCGUUCCCUCGUCUGCAUUUCUUUGUUGUUGGGUUUGCACCUCUGAUUGCUAUAGGCACACAGAAAUUCAAGACCUAUUCUGUCUCUGAACUCACACAACAGAUGUUUGAUUCGAAGAACAUGAUGACUGCGUGCGAUCCACGGAAGGGAAGAUACCUUACUGUUACAGCCAUAUUCAGAGGAAAGAUUUCGAUGAAGGAUGUGGAUGAGCAGAUGUCAAUGGUGCAAUCAAAGAAUAGCUCCUUGUUUGUGGAAUGGAUUCCAAGCAAUGUGAAAACAGCGGUUUGUGACAUUGCACCAACAGGUCUUGAAAUGUCUGCAACGUUUGUUGGGAACACAACAUCCAUCCAGGAGCUCUUCAAGAGGAUUUCUGAUCAGUUCACAGUUAUGUUUAGAAGGAAGGCCUUCUUACACUGGUACACAGGAGAAGGGAUGGAUGAGAUGGAAUUUUCUGAGGCUGAGUCAAAUAUGAAUGAUUUGCUUUCUGAAUAUCAGCAGUAUCAGGAUGCAACUGUCGAAGAUACUGAGGAGUUUUUAGUUAAUUAA